AUGCAUCAGACAUUGUUUUUUAUAUAUUUAUUAACUAAUAUUGUUUAUACACAAACUAAUCAAUGUUCAUUAUUGAAUAAUAAAUUAACUAAAUAUGGUAUUCAUAUAAAUAUUCCAGAAAAUAAUUUUAUUGGUGUAAAAUUAUGUCAAGGUUUAGUAACAAAUUAUUGUUGUCCACAAAUCUAUGAAAAUCAAAUACAAAAUGCAACAAUUCUUGAACUUUAUUAUUUAUUUGAAUUAUAUUCCAUUCGUUUAUAUGAACCAUUAGUUCGUUUAACUAUUGAAUUAAAUGAUACGAUAAUAAAAUUAAUUGAAUCAUCACGAAAUGAAACACAUUUUAUUUUAAAACAUAAUUCUUAUCGUUCAUCCAUUGAUUUAUUUUUUAAUAAUUUAUUAUCAAUAACAUAUAAAAAUUAUCAAUAUAUUAUUAAAAAUAAUAUUGAAGAAUUUUUUCGUAAUAUUCUUCGAAUAUCAAUAGAAUUAAAUAAUGAUCAAAAUAAAUUAUUACUACCAUCAUAUUUAUUAUGUUCAUGGCGAAAUCAUCCGUUUGGUAAUCGACCAAAUAUAAUUGCAAAUCAAUUAGAAAUUAAUCUAGGAAAAUUAUUUCAUUUAAAUGAAUUAUUAAAAUUAAGUGUUGAACUGGUUCAAUUUAUGUCAAAGAGUGUAACAACAGAUCAUCAUUGUAUUGAUUCAUAUAUGCAAUUAUCAUAUUGUAAUCUAUGUUCUGGACGAAAAGAACUUCCUUGUCUAUCGAAUUGUGAAAAUAUCAUUGAAAGUUGUCUUGUAAAUAUUUCUUUAAUACAUGACGUAUGGACAAAUUUCAUCGAUUCCAUUGAAAAUGUUAGUUAUUUUAAUGGUAUUGAAAAGAUUUUAUCAUCUAUUAGUAUGUCGAUCCUCGAUGCAUUGAUGACCUUUUUUAGUCCUGAUGGAAUACAAAGUAAACAUAUUAUCAAUCAAUGUGGAUAUAUAAAUAUACGUAAAGAAGUAUUUGAUAACGAUCAAAAAUUCCAUGAUAAAUAUAGGAAUUCAUUAUCUUUACUUGAUAAACAACUGACGUCAAUGAGACAAUCAUUACAAAUGUAUCGAUCAUUUUGGUUAAUGUUACCAGAACAAAUAUGUAAAUCGGAUGGACUUUCGAUUUCAAAUGAACAAAAAUGUUGGACCGGGACAUUUAUUUCUCAAGAUAGAAAACAAAUAAUUCGACUUAAUUAUGAUAAACCAUUAAAUUUACGUUUACAAUGGAUAUUAAAGGAAAUAAAAGAAAGAUCAAAUAUGAUUCUAAAUAUACCACAAACAAGUACAAAUAUAAAUAUUCCAACAAGUCCAAAUACAAUGUUAAUAAAUGAAAUAAAACUAAAUGCAACAGAUGAUCUAGAUGAUUAUCCGAAUGAUGAUGAAUUACAUUAUUCAGAUUAUGCAUAUGAAGAUUCAAUAGAUGGACUAACUUCAUCAACAACAACAACAACAACAACUCUUCAUCCAUCGAACAUUUCAGCUUAUGAUGAUAUAUCAAUUGAUGAUAUAAAUACUGUUUCUUAUUACGAUUAUGGAGAACAAGAUGCAUAUCAUGACGAUGAGAUCGAUGAAACAUCGACACAACCAUCAUCACCAUCAUCGACGUCGUCAUCGUCUGGCACUACGACAAUGACAAUUCGUAUACCAGUGUAUCAUCAACGACCGCCAAUUAUUUGGAAUAUGAAUAUAGAUACUGAUGAUGAUUUUAAUCAACAAUAUAACAGUAGUACUUCAUUUAAUUAUUCAUUUCUAUUAUUAUUAUUAUUAAUUCUAAUUGUUAUUCUGACAUAG